AUGGCUCAGAAACCGCUGCGUCUCUUGGCAUGUGGAGAUGUCGAAGGAAAGUUUGAUGCUUUAUUCAGUAGAGUUCGAGCAAUUCAGAAGAAAAGUGGAAACUUUGACCUGCUGUUGUGUGUAGGAAAUUUCUUUGGCUCCACUCCAGAUGCUGAAUGGGAGGAAUAUAAAACUGGCAUCAAGAAAGCUCCUAUUCAGACAUAUGUGCUGGGUGCCAAUAACCAAGAAACAGUAAAAUAUUUCCAAGAUGUUGAUGGGUGUGAGUUAGCUGAGAACAUUACUUAUCUGGGUCGUAAAGGUGUCUUCACUGGAAGUUCAGGACUACAGAUUGUGUACCUCAGCGGGACAGAGUCCUUAAAUGAGCCUGUCCCAGGUUACAGUUUCAGUCCCAAGGAUGUGUCUUCCCUGAGGACAAUGCUGUGUUCAACACCCCAGUUUAAGGGUGUUGAUAUCUUGCUCACAUCCCCGUGGCCCAAGUAUGUGGGGAACUUUGGGAAUUCUUCUGGAGAAGUGGAUACCAAAAAAUGUGGCUCUGCUUUGAUCUCCAGUCUUGCCACAGGCUUGAAACCAAGAUAUCAUUUUGCUGCUUUGGAAAAGACCUAUUAUGAGAGGCUUCCAUAUCGAAAUCACAUUGUUCUACAGGAAAAUGCACAGCAUGCCACCAGGUUUAUAGCUCUGGCAAAUGUUGGAAAUCCAGAAAAGAAAAAGUAUCUUUAUGCAUUCAGUAUUGUUCCUAUGAAACUAAUGGAUGCAGCAGAACUGGUAAAACAGCCUCCAGAUGUCACUGAAAACCCUUACAGAAAAUCUGGGAAGGAAACAUUCACAGAAAAGCAAACUCCUGCCCCUGAGGAAGAAUCAGCCUGCCAGUUUUUCUUUGAUGUAAAUGAAAAGCAGGGAAGGAAGCGGUCAUCUAUAGGCAGAGACAGCAAGUCUUCGCCUCACCCAAAGCAGCCUCGCAAACCUCCUCAGCCUCCAGGACCCUGCUGGUUUUGCCUUGCCAGCCCUGAAGUGGAAAAGCAUUUGGUGGUCAACAUUGGCACACAUUGCUACCUUGCCCUGGCCAAAGGAGGCUUAUCUGAUGACCAUGUCCUCAUUCUGCCCAUUGGACACUACCAGUCAGUGGUGGAGCUUUCAGCAGAGGUGGUGGAAGAGGUGGAGAAGUACAAGGCUACAUUGAGAAGGUUCUUUAGGAGUCGAGGCAAACGAUGUGUUCUAUUUGAGAGAAAUUAUAAGAGCCAUCACCUGCAGCUACAGGUCAUUCCUGUGCCACUCAGCAGCUGUGCUACUGAUGACAUUAAAGACGCCUUCAUCACUCAGGCACAGGAACAGCAGAUAGAGCUCCUGGAAAUCCCAGAGCACUCAGACAUCAAGCAGAUUGCACAGCCAGGAGCAGCAUAUUUUUAUGUUGAACUUGACACAGGAGAGAAACUUUUCCACAGAAUUAAAAAGAAUUUUCCUUUGCAGUUUGGAAGGGAGGUCCUGGCUAGUGAAGCUAUCCUUAAUAUUCCUGACAAGUCUGACUGGAGGAAGUGUCAGAUCAGUAAGGAAGAGGAGGAGACUCUGGCUCGCCGCUUCCGGAAAGACUUUGAGCCCUUUGACUUCACUGUGGAUGAUGACUGA